AAACUUCAAAAUUAAACAGUCGUGAGUCGACAGUCGUCAGUCGUUCAGUAAUCGCUAAUCAGUAAUCAGUUAGACUUGAAGACUUUUGGUUUUAUAGUUUAUUUUAUUAGCUUUAGUUGCUUUUUGCCUAUCGUACCAUGUCGGGCUACGAUUCCCGGAGUGAUGGACCCGGAUUUGUCGGCAUUCGGUUCUGUCAAGAAUGCAAUAACAUGUUGUAUCCUAAAGAAGACAAGGAACAUAAAGUACUGUUGUACGCUUGUCGAAAUUGUGAUCACAGACAAAUGGCAGACAGUAAUUGUAUUUAUGUGAACAAGAUUAUGCACGAAAUCAAUGAACUCACUCAUAUUGUUUCUGAUGUAACAUCAGAUCCAACUUUACCCAGAUCAGAAGACCAUCCUUGUCCAAAAUGUAAACACCGUGAAUCUGUAUUUUUCCAAGCUCAAACUAGACGUGCAGAGGAGGAAAUGAGAUUGUAUUAUGUUUGUACCAAUCCUCACUGUAUACAUCGUUGGACUGAAUCAUCUAUUUAAUAACCCUCCAAUAAUGGUUUUUUUAUUUAAAUUUAUAGACAAUAUUUUAUACUUAAUUAUGUAAAUGUAGAUUUUGAAUAACUGAAAUUCAACAUAUAUUUAAUCAUUUAUUUUAUUUUAAAUAAUAAAAAAUAAACUUAAAUAAUAUUCUUACAAAAUCAAUAA